AUGGAUUACAUAAAAGGAGCCGUCACAGUGAUUAUCUUGUCGCUUCCACUGGUGAUUCUCCUCUGCAAGCUGUGGUCUGGAAGGAGAAGUUCCGACACCUCGAGCAAUAUCGAUAAUGCAUCUAGACAAUUGGAUUCUGUUGCUUCUGCUUCUGAUACUGCAAAUUCUAAUCCGCUUCCCCUGCCAAUUGGAGAGUAUGAGGUGUUCUUGAAUUUCAGAGGUCCAGACACUCGUUAUCAAAUCACCGAUAUCGUUUAUCGGUUUCUAGUGAACUUGAAAAUUCGCACAUUUAAAGAGGAUGAUGAGCUCCGAAAAGGAGAAGGUAUAUGGCCCAGUCUCGUCAAGGCUAUUGAGCAAUCCAAGAUCUAUGUUCUCAUCUUCUCUGAGAAUUAUGCUUAUAGCAAAUGGUGUCUUAGAGAACUUGCCGCAAUUGUUGCAUGCCAAGAGAGAAACCAGGGCUGUGUCAUACUCCCUAUUUUCUAUAUGGUGAAUCCUAGAGAUAUACGUCAUCAAAGUGGACAUUACCGAAAUGCAUUUCGACAACACGAGCAAAAUAUUGACGAAGAGACCAUAAAAAGUUGGAAAGAUGCUCUAACUAAGGUUGGAGCUCUGAAAGGAUGGUAUGUCAAAAGCAGUGACGAGCAGGGGGCUAUAGCAGAUCUUGUUACCGGCGUUGUAUGGUCACAUCUAAGUAAGAACAGUCAAGUAUUAGAGACUGAUAAGUUGGUUGGAAUUGGUGAUCACAUAGAAGUAGUGAAAGAAAGAAUGGCUCUCAACUUUCCAUGUGCGACAAUCAUUGGCAUCUAUGGUAUGGGUGGCAUUGGUAAGACCACUAUCGCAAAGGCUGUCUAUAACAAAGUAUUUGCUCAAUUCGAUCGAUGUAGCUUUGUGAGUGACGUAAGAGAAAUGCUACAACAAAAAGAUGGUGCUAUCAAUUUGCAGAAGCAUAUUAUCUCACAGAUUUUGAGGGAGAACUUUGUUGAAUCCAUUGCCAAUGGUAGUGAUGGAAUGAAAAUUAUAAGAGAGAGAGUUUCUCGGUUCAAAGUUCUUAUUGUUCUCGAUGAUGUGGAUGAAAAGUUUGAAUUAGCUGACAUCUUGGGAAACAUGGAGGAAUUUGAUCCUGGGAGUAGAGUCAUCAUUACGUCCAGAAAUGUGAAAGUUUUGAGUAAUUUGACUAAUGAUUGCAAGUUAUAUAGAGUCCACGAGAUGAGUUGUCAACAUGCACUUCAACUCUUUUGCAAGCAUGCGUUCAGAAAGGAUUCUCCUCCACCGAGUUAUCAGUCUUUGUCAGAGGCUAUUGUAUCUAUUGCGGCGGGACUUCCAUUGACUCUUAAAGUUGUUGGAUCACUUUUAUUUGAAGAGGAAAAAGUGUUUUGGAUUGAUAAACUCAGACAGUUAAAAGAAAUUGCAGAGGAAAAGGUUGUACAAAGGUUAAAGAUAAGCUAUGAUACAUUGAGUGAAGAGGCAAAGCAGAUUUUCUUGGAUAUUGCUUGUUUCUUCAUUGGAAAGGACGAAGAGAUGCCUUCUUAUAUGUGGAGUGACUGUGGCUUUUUCCCCAUAACUAAUAUCAAUAUUCUUAGUCAGAGGUCUAUGAUUGAAAUAGAGUAUUCUUACAAAAGUAAGAAAGUAUUUCGAAUGCAUGAUCAACUCAGAGAUAUGGGUAGAGAAAUUGUACGCCAAGAAAAUAUAAGACAUCCAUGGAAGAGAAGUCGGAUAUGGUCGAAGGAUAAAGCUUUGGACGUGUUGCUUAACAAAAAGGGAACAAACAGAGUAGAAAGCAUUAGAAUAAUAAACUCAUCAUCUGAUGAUGAUGUUGUGGAGAAGCUUGAGAUUGGGGCAAACCUUGAGAAUGAAUGCUUUUUGAAUUUGUCAGAGUUAAGAUACUUUGACGUGGAAGCUAAGAUGCUCCCUAGCAACUUCAGUAAUUAUCUUCCAAAUUUAAAAUGGCUUCAAUUGGUGUUAGGAUAUGGUGCGUGUUUGCCUAAGUUCCGUGUGGACAAUUUGGUGAUUCUCAACCUCUUAGGCUCAGUGAAAGAUGAUUGGGGGAGUUUGAGGCAUAUCAAGAUGGCGAGCAAACUCAAAGUUUUGAACCUUUCGGGUAAGUUCCUGAUCGAAUAUCCUGACUUUCCAAGUUCCGGGAGUCUAGAGAUAUUACGUAUGGAGGAUUUCGGACCUCAGUUGUCCCGCAAGGAUAUAGAUGUUGGGAAUCUGAAGAACUUGAAAGUGCUUCAUCUGAAGAACUGUGAGAUAAGACAGAUAAGGGGUGGAACCAUUGGGAUGAUGCAGGGGCUUCAAGAGCUCAGUAUCAUCCAUUUAAAGUUUGAGACAGGUCUGAGGGAAGCACUUGACAAUAUUGGGGAUUUGCAGUUUCUUGAAAUCUUGAUAGUAGAGUUUGCACACAAUGUUGGACCUAGAUCAGUUCAUGAGAAUGGACUGCUGGGGAUUAAGCUUCCCACGAGUUUGAAGAAGCUGCUGAUUCCAUAUCCAGUUGCUAACCUUUCGGAGUUGCUGGAAUUGGAGAAAUUAACUGUUGAUAGAUGUGGGCACGGGAGUGAGAUCCCUUCAGCAGACAAUAGUAAUAUGUGGUGGAAGGUAUCCAAAUUGAAGUCUAUAACAUUGAAAGAGACAAAGAUGACUAUCCCAUUUAAUACUUCUAGUCCAUCUUCCAUGUCGCUGCUUCCAUCAUCAUUGAUCAUUCUGGACAUCGCUAAGUGUCCAGAAUUGGAGUGGCUCCCAAAUCUGGAGAAUUUGGAGAAUUUGACUUUCUUAUCCAUCAGUGGGUGUUCCUUGCUUAAAGAGAUCCCAGGUCUCGGAGGACUGAAAUCCUUGGAAACUCUGAGCAUAAGUGAUCUGAAAGCUGUAUGCAACCUGGACGGUCUUGACAGCCUCUAUUCUUUGACAUCCUUGACACUUUUUGACUGUGAUGCAUUGGAAAGACUACCCAGCAUUGGGUCUUUGAGCAAGUUACUUUAUUUAGGCAUCUCUUAUUGCCAUAGUCUCACAAAAAUCCAAGGUCUUGGAAGCCUAAUAUCUUUGCAAAAGCUAGAGAUUACUGUUGCAAAGAGUAAACGGGAUCGCCUCAGCUUUGAAAGAGAACUCUCUUUGAACAAGUUGGAAUUCGAGAAUUUUCCUAUUCUAUCACUAUUACUCUAUAACCUUGAUGCUGAGUGCCGAUUAGAAGAUCUCUACUUUCCCAGUUCUGGGAGUCUAGAGGAAUUGCAUCUGCAGAAUUUCGGGCAUCGGCUGUCCCAUAAGGAAUUGUAUAUUGGGAAUUUGUGGAACCUGAAAGUGCUGAGUCUGCAGCAAUGCGAGGUAGGAGAGAUAAGUGGUGGAACCAUUGGGAUGCUGGAAGGCCUUCAAGAGCUUGAUAUCUACGAGUUCCACUGUGUGAGAAAUCUAAGAGAAGUGCUGGCGGAUGUCGGGGAAUUGCAGUUUCUUGAAAUAUUGAGAGUAACAAGCGAUAGUAUUUUGAGAUUACUUUACGAGCAUCUAUUGUUGGGUACUAAACUUCCCUCAAGUCUGAAGGAGUUGGCUGCUACAUCUCCAGUUGCUAACCUUCCAGAGCUGGUGGAGUUGGAGAAACUAACAGUAGAUGGAUGCGGUUAUGGGCUUGAGAUCCCUCCUGCAGACACUUGCAAUAUGUGGUGGAAGAUAUCCAAAUUGACGUGCCUGACGCUCCGCAAGACAAAAAUGACCACACCAAUCGAUACUUGCCUGCGGCUGCUUCCAUCAUCACUGACCACCCUCAACAUCUACUCGUGUCCGAAAUUGGAUUGGCUCCCAAAUCUAGAGAAUUUAGAGAACUUAACUUCCUUAUCGAUCAACGAUUGUCCCCUCCUAAAGGAGAUCCUUGGUCUUGAAAGGCUGAAAUCCUUGGAAACUCUGACUAUACGUGAUCUGAAAGCUCUAUGCAACCUGGACGGUCUUGACAGUCUCUAUUCGUUGACAUACUUGACACUUUCACGCUGUGAUGCAUUGGAAAGACUGCCCAGCAUGGUGUGUUUGAGCAAGUUGCGUGAUUUAAGUAUCUCCUCCUGCUCUUGCCUCAGGGGAAUCCAAGGACUUGGAGGGCUGGAAUCCUUGCAAAUGCUUUACAUUCGUGAUGCAGAGAGUUUAAGUCAUCUCUUCGGCUUUGACACUCUCCUGUCUCGUAACAAGCUAGAAAAUUUAAAGAUAAGUGGCUGUCCUCAUCUGACAUUACUACCAUUCCCUGACUUUGAUGAUGGACACCGUUCACAAGCAGCGGUACUUGACUCUUUACAGGUGCUAGACAUCGGUGGAACAACCCAGGUGCUGCAGAUCUUCUGCCGGAUGAUUCAGUGGUUCUUGCUCCCAAGUCUCGCGGAGUUGACACUUAGUGGGGUGGAGAUUGGAAACGUUGACACAGAAUUGAGCCUAGAUGGGCUCGAGUCUAUGGAAGAUUUGGUUGAGCUGCGUCUUAAUGACUUGGCCUCUAUAAGGAGGCUACCUUCACUGUCAAAGCUGGGAAAUCUGAAAAGUCUAACAGUGAAUAAUGCUCCAAAGCUGCGAGUGAUUGAGGGCCUUGGUGGUUUGAAGUCCUUGAAAGAGCUUGAUCUCUCUGGAUGUACAGCAUUGGAAAGAUUGCCUGUGGAUCAGCUAUAUGGUUUGGAGCGAUUGAGAAGCGUGGACAUCCAUGGCUGCACAAACUUGAUUGAUCUAGAAAAAAUAGAGCUGGAGGUACAGAUACUGUGGCCAGAUUUCGGGUACUGA